CAAAACGGAGACGAGCCGGUGUCGACCCUGACGCAAGACUUCCACACGCGGCUGGACAACCUGCUGCGGACCCUGGUCCACGCCAAGCCCCACUUCAUUCGGUGCGUCAGGGCCAACGCCCAGGAGAUCCCCGAGCGUUUCGAUCGCCUCGUCGUCGGCCAUCAGAUCCGAAGUCUCCAGGUCCUCGAGACCGUGAAUCUCAUGGCAGGAGGGUUUCCCCAUCGGAUGCGAUUCAAGGCGUUCCGUGCCAGGUACAAGCUCCUGGCUCCCAUGAAGCAACUCGUCUACGUCCCCGGAUCCGGGCAGGACGACAAGGUCAUCGAGGACUGUCGGCUCUUGCUGGACUACUUCGGUCGGGCCAUCGACGAUCACAACGGGCCGGGGAAUCUCACCAUCAACUGGGCCAUCGGGACCAGGCACAUCUUCAUCAGCGAGGGAGCGCGCCAAAAACUGGAGAAGGUGCGAAUGAGGACGCGGGAGAGGGCGUCGACGCUGAUCCAGAGCGUGUGGCGGGGCUGGCACCUGAGGCGGCGGUGGCCGGGCCUCCAGAGGCAGUUGCAGCUCUGCACGCCGACGAGGAUCAUCAAUCCCCACGCGCCUAAUUCCAACACGGUCUCGCAAGGUCCCGGUAGCAACCACCUCGGAGGUUCCACUCGGAACAGACCCAGACCCCAACCCAUUGCGGGGACCCCGCCGCCCGAGGCGCCCGAUAAAUGUGAUCCCAAAGCCAUACAGCAGACUUGCUCCCGCUUUGGACUCGAUCUGGCUGCCUUGCAGGAAAGGCCACCCCCCCUGCCCCCGAGUCGGUCCUACACCAUCACGGGGAACACGAAAUUGGGAUAUCCGCAGACUCGGGUCAUGAAGGCGUCCUAUCCCGAGGACGGAACCGGAGACGAGGUCCUGCUGAAGGGAGAGACAGUGGUUGUGAUAGGUGCCGGCCAUCGACGGGGCUACCUCAUGGUCGAACACAAGGGCCAUGUCAUUCAGGUCCCCUACCAGUAUUUGGAACUCAAACCUGCUCAAAUCGGCGUGGAUAUCUGAGUGCAAUCUUUCCUCACUCGUUUGUUAUUUUUUUUUUUGACUUCCAUCAC